AUGUUCGGAAAAAGGAUAUUGAUCGCUUUGGCGACUGCUAAUACUGUUGCAUGGGCUACAUUCCUCCCAGAAUCUGCAAGCGAUAGCCACUUCCGUUACAACUUGCGGAAGCGCGCUGACAAUGGAACCUCAUUCAAUGGCCCAUACAGUACCAGUGGAAGGGAUAUCGUCGACAGUAGAGGCGAAAAGGUAACAUGGGCUGGAGUCAAUUGGCCAAUGAGUGGCGAAACAAUGAUUCCUGAAGGUCUCGAAUGGGCAUCAGUAGAGGAGAUUCUUGAUGAUAUCGCUGGUGUUGGAUAUAACUACAUCCGCAUGGGCUAUGCCAUUGAAAUGAUCGACCAAGUGUAUCAUAGAAAUGGCUCAGACGUCCCUCUCGAAGUUGCUAUGAUCAAUGCGCUUGGAUACGUCAACGGCACCAAAGUCACAAACGAGAUCAUCGCUCGGAAUCCUGGUUGGACCACCCAAACCACUCGUUUUGAGAUCUGGGACGACAUUACGCGCCUUGCUGCUACCAAGGGUAUCUUCAUCAGCCCAGACGUUCACACAGGCAAAGCACAAUGGUGCUGCUCCCAUAUUGAUGGGACAGCCUGGUUCGACGAUAUCCACUUCAACGCAUCAGACUGGCGCCGUGGUCUCUCCUACGUUGCCAACUGGGCCAGGAGCCACCCCAACAUCGUCAGCAUGUCUCUGCGCAACGAGCUCCGCGAAUCCUGGAACGUCACGAACUUGUACUACAAUUGGCAAACACUUGUUGGAAACAUGACUCAGGGUGCUGACGCGAUCCACGAAGCCAACCCCGAUAUCCUCAUUCUGUGGUCUGGCAUGCAGUACGGACAGGAUGUCUCGGCUCUGACGAGCGGCAAGAACAUCCUCACAGCACCUUGCUACAAGUGCACUGCCAUCCGCGAUGCUGCUCGCCGUGAACCAGAAUACUUCAACCUCGAUGAUCACCCAUGGGCGAAUAAGGUUGUCUACGAAGUUCAUUUGUACAGCAUGAGCGAGGACGUUGACACAGGCACGUGCCCCAUCAUCCAAGCCAAUCUCUUCCGCAACGGCUUCAACGCCCUAGGAAUAGACGCACCAGCCGCAUGCAACACCACCAACGACUGUCCCAAAGCCAUUCGCGAAACCCCAGUCAUCCUCUCCGAGUUUGGCAGUGCCCAAGACGAAACGCUUUACAAUGCUACACUUCAGAACUGCCUUCGCGAGUUCACCAUCGACAAUGGGAUCAGUUGGAUGAUGUGGUCCGUUGCUGGUUCCUACAGGAUUAGAUCCGGUGUCCAAGGUUUCCCCGACACAUGGGGUCUGACGAAUUAUGACUGGACGGGCUGGAACUAUGCGGAAGGCAUUGAGAAGUUUUGGAAGCCUUGGGUUAGGGCGAUGAACCCUACCAGAAUUGGUUGA